AUGAGAAAAAGCUUAGAUGUACAACCCGAAGGAGAUCGCGAUUCCCUCUUUUCCGACGAGGAAGUACUAGAAAAGGUCGUCAGCGUAAUACUACCAGAUGUAGUAGAAGACUCGGGGAUUGCGUCCUAUACUGAUGAGGAGUUGAACGAAUUGGUGCAAGUGAUCAAAGACUUGACGGUUUUGUAUGAUUUGAGAGAUAGCGAUUGGACCUGCGAAAAUGGGAAGAUUGUGGAGGAAUUUUUCAUCGACCUGACCAUUCCUCUCAUAGUGGUAUACUUUAGAGAGGAUGACCUUGUGGUUUCGAGGGAGUUUCCGCGACAUCCGGUGGUUGAUUUGAUGUACUUCAUUAGAAGUCAUCGGGAAAGGUUUGAGCUUGCAACCGUGCACGACUGCCUCAACUUUGGUAACGUGCACGAUGAUGUCGAAGGUGCGGUUUUGGAUGUACUGCAAGUGGUCUACGCGCCCGCUUUGUUUAGCGCGACUACGUGGGCUGACAGCAUUAAACAUGACAUCUCUGGAGCGUUUCACACUUUCCUAGCGAAAGUAACGGACCUUUGUUAUCGUCUGCAAGGCAUAACUGUAGUUUACGUGCCGGAAGAAGGUGCGCAACUGUCACUUAAUCAAGCGCACAAAGACAAGGAUCUGAUUAAGAGACUAGAAGGCAUUGUGGUGUACUGGACGCGACAGAUACGAAUCACUCUGCAAGACCAAGACCAAAAUGUUGCCGAAGAUUUGCUUUGUCCAAUUGACGAAUAUGAGUUUUGGGUUUAUAGGUACGAAAAUCUUUGCGGACUGGAGCAUCAGAUGGGAAACCUAAAACUGAAGCAUGUAUGCGACAUUUUAGCUUUUGUACAGUCCACCCACGUUAACCAGUUUCUGUACGUGUUCGAAGAUUUACACUCCAACGUGCAAGAAGCAAAGUCAAACAUAGAAUACCUUCAGACCAUUAUCGAACCAUGCGCCGAACUAUUUCAGUUGCAAUCCCCACACGAAAUUCCAGAGAAGUUGGUGGAUAUUUUGAAUUUGUUCCGUUUCAUUUGGAUGCGUAGUCCCUAUUACAACACUAGGCAAAGGAUUACCACCCUAUGCAGAGGGUUGAGUAAUCAAAUUAUCAUACAAUGCAUUAACUUCAUCAAGCUGGACGUUGUGUUCAAGAGUAAGCAUAGUCGAGCUGCGAUCAAAAUGUUUCAAACCUGCAUUGACUGCUGUAUGGACUACAUCAAAAUGUAUGCUGUUGUAUCGGAAACCCACGCUCAAAGAAGCCAAACGCCAUGGGACCUUAACAAGGCGCCAAUUUUCAACCACAUCGACACAUUUAUCAAACGCUGCAGAGACAUGGUAGAAAUUUGCGAGUCGAUGAUAACGUUCGGUCGUUUCGACGAGGUCGAUCCGAUACCGGCGCCGAAAUUCGGAGGAACGCGCGGCCGCGAGUUUGAAAACUGGUGUCUAGAAAUCGAACGCGCAUUCCUUGCCAGUUUGGAGGACGUCGAAAAGCGCCAAGAACUGAUUUUGGACGUGCAGGAGUCCUCGUGGAACGACGUCAUUUUGAAAUUUCGAGGGGAGAUGAACGAGAUCGAAACGAUCAUUGAAAAUCUUGUUACGGCGAUCUUUAAGAGGGUGGUCAAUGUUGACGACGGCGUGGAAGCUUUGGCCGCACUCCACAAUUAUUCUACCAGGGAGUCUUUGAGGAAUUUGUUCGAUCAGAAAACUUGCUAUGUGUAUUCGCUGUUGAGAAGAAAUAUACAGGAGUGCAAGGAAGAUUUGGUUAGAGAAAAGGACAGCUGUCCUUCGUACUUUCCCUUUUAUGGCGGAAGGGCGUUAAUCGCCUAUUUGAAAAUGCAGUUCUUGAAAAAUCGGAAAACUGUUCUGGACAACGCCGCCUGGAUGAGACCCUGCAGUACUUCUGGAGACGUCUUCAAUCAGUACCAUCACGUUUCCACGUCGAUAGAGCAUCUCAUAAGAGAUCUCUUUCAAGAGUGGAUACGCAGUAUCGAAGGUGACGUCAUUACCAAACUGAGCAGGUCUUUGAUGAAUCGUAGCGUUACCAAGAUAGGAAUGUUGGAGUGUAACAUUGACCGUACUCUUCUGGAAAUGUUUCGCGAGAUCGCCUACUGGGAGGCGCUGAAUUUCGAAAUUCCUGGCUACCUGCAGUUCGUGCGCGAUAGAGCGGAGCAAAUUUCGAUGGUCUAUGAAAGCGUGCUGUCGGUUGUAAUGGACUACAACAAAAUUAUUGCCGCGUUGACGAGUGAGGAGCUAAUGCUUUUUAAGCAGCUCAUCGGGAAUGUGGAAAAGAAGAUCUUGCCCGGACUUUCCAAGCUAACGUGGUCGGCGGAUGUUGGCGACGCUUAUGUUGCAGAAUGCUGCGCCGCAACUGCUCAGUUGCAAGACUUUUUGGACGACUACAAAUCUAGCAAUCUUCAAAUAAUCCUAUUGUGCGAGAAAAUCUGCGACACCUCCCUGAUAUGUCUGCGGCCAAACUACGCGUACAACCUGAUCGAACUAAUAAAAGACAUGAGCCAGUACAGAAAUGAAACGAUCGACACGAUUGUAAAGUACUACCAAGAGAUAAUUCAAUACGUGGUGCUGAUUUACGAGGGAUUCGAGAGUCAGAUUCACUUGAUGGGUGAUCGCUGGGUCUCAUAUAUUCACAACAUCGACGUAGUCAUCGAGGAGGCACUGAGGAUAUGUACGAGGAACUCUUUACGCACUAUGCACUUGGCGUUGCAUGGAGAUGGUGGCACACAACCUUCGCCCAUACUGCGACUCGAAGCCACACUGAAGAGCAACAGGAUUCACUUUGACCCAUCUCUAGCCGAUGUUGCUCGUGUAAUAUCGAAUAUUUUGCCCAGCAUUACGAGCACAUUGCGAUCUUUGCCGAGGCUGGUAGAAAAAUUCGACAUUCAAACGGCAUACGUUCGCCCUUUCCACAUAGUGAUCGGUGCAGAUCGGGAAUGCACGAGGCUCCAAUCGCUUUUGAGUGAAGAGGUGAAUGUAAACGUUCAGCACAUGCAAAGCUACCUCGCCAUCUGGGAGCCAUUCCGCGACAUGUGGGAGGUGGACAAGGAGCGCUUCAUCGGACGCUACGAGCUUUCAAAACCCAAGGCGAUGCAGUUCGAUUCCAACAUCGGCCGAUAUACUGAGGUGGCAAAUAACGUGCAAAUCCAGGAGUCGACAACCGCUGUUCAUUUUAUCGUCGUCAACUCCGUCGAACUGAAGCGCGCAAUUAUCGAGCACUGCGUUGAGUGGCAGAGCAAACUGUGCGCCUUGCUGAAGAAGUUAACGUACGAACAAAUUAACCACGUCUACACUUACAUAAACACAAACACGGAAAUAGUGAUGCGCCAACCUCAAACGUUGGAGGAGAUGACGGUGGCACUGAAGUACUUUGACGAGGUGAUUAUGGAAGCAGACGUCUUUCCCGAACAAUUUCCGCCAAUCACCGAUCAAAUUAUCACUUUGGAUAAGUACAACGUGGACAUAAGCGAAGAGAUGCGCAAUUUGGAGAAGGAGAUACCGACGGCGUGGAUAAAGUAUUUAGAAACCCUGGAGGAAGCUGAAAAAUUGCUUGGACAGUCCAAGGAAAGUUUCAGAGCGGGUUUGUUGGAGAGUGCAGAAAUGUUGCGGCAAGAUGGCAUAGCGCUAUUUGAUACCUUCCUACGAACCGGUCCCUUUUCGAGUACGAUGAAGGCAAAAGAUGCACUGUCUUACAUAAUGGCCAUGAGGGAACACCUAAAAGCGCUUAGAGAGAAAGAGGCACAGUUGAGGAAGGACUUGGGGAUAUUCGAUCUGAGUCUUCCCGAAUCGUUGGAAUUGCAGGCGUUGGAAGCGGAACUGGACGCUAUCGAAUUGGUGUGGCAACUUACGGACGAGUGGGAUACCGCGUGGGAGAACUGGAAGAAUUCGGCCUUUUGGGACAUCAAAACCGAAGAUAUGGAGGACAUCGCGCAAACCCUAUUCCGGAAAUUGACCCGCCUUUCAAGAGAACUGAAAGAUAAAGGGUGGGACAUAGUGGACCACACCAAAGCGCGAGUCGAUAACUUUAGGAAAACUCUCCCGCUACUAACUGACCUGAAAAAUCCGUCGAUGCGUGCAAGGCACUGGGAUCGAGUUAGGGCGGCUAUGAAUAGGGAUUUUGAUGAAAAUUCGGCCGAUUUUAACCUGGAGGCGAUCAUCGCAAUGGAGAUGCAGCUUUACGCCGACGAAAUUAAUGAGAUUUCUAAUGCCGCCACUAUGGAGUUGCAAAUUGAGAAAGGUUUGGAGAGCAUAAGGGCUUUGUGGGAGGUGAUGAUCUUCGAAAUCGUCCCGCAUAAAGAUACCGGGGUUUUUCGAAUCAAGUCGGUUGACGACUGCUUUCAAGCGCUGGAGGAGAACAUGCUGCAGUUAUCCACGAUGAAAAGCACGCGAUACGUUGAGCCCUUCAUAAAGGAUGUGGACUACUGGGAGAAAACGCUGUCUUACGUUAUGGAAACGCUAGAAGUUGCACUAGUCGUGCAAAGACAGUGGCUAUACCUCGAGAACAUUUUCGGCGGGGAAGACAUUCGCAAGCAACUUCCCCAAGAAAGUCAGGACUUUGAAGAUCUAACGCAGGACUGGAUCCAAAUCACCACGGCGAUGUACCAAGCGGGUACGGCUCUGAGAGCAACCCACAUCCAACCACCGCCGGCCCUACUCAACGUGAUGAACAAAAUGAACGACCAACUGGAGUUGAUUCAGCGUGCCCUCGAACGAUACCUGGAGACCAAGAGGCACAUUUUCCCCCGCUUCUAUUUUAUUUCGAACGACGACAUGUUGGAGAUUCUUGGCAAUUCUAAAAAACCGGAAGCCAUACAGCCGCACUUCAAGAAGCUGUUCGACAACAUCAACAAGAUUAAGAUACAAAAGAACACAAUUUUGAAUAAAAUGGAGUCGAUCGGAAUGACCUCGGAGGAUGGGGAGUACUUGGAGUUUACCAGGUCGGUGAUAUUAGACGGCCCCGUUGAGAUGUGGUUGUGCGAUAUUGAGACGGCCAUGAGAGCGAUACUGCGUGCGUUGUUUAAGCCGUGCCGAAGUGAUCUGAAGAGGAAUCUGCACUCGAGAGAUAAGUGGUUGCUGUCCAACUGCGGGCAACUUUGCAACGCAUGCAGCCAAAUUCAGUGGACGACUGAUUGUACCAGAGCACUGGUACAUUGUAAGAUCAUGGAAAGUAAGAAGCCGCUGAAGAAACUGCGCAAACAACAGAAUCAGGUUUUAAACACGUUAUCAGAGCUCAGUAGGAGAGAGCUGCCCAAGAUCCAAAGACUGAAAACCAACUCGUUGAUAACAAUUGAAAUUCACUCUCGCGACGUUAUCGAUCGGAUGUACAAAGCCAAUUGCCGAGAUGUAGGUAGCUUUGAGUGGUUUUCCCAGUUACGUUUCUACUGGGAUCGGGAAUUGGACGAUUGUUUAAUUCGACAGACCAAUACACACUUCAUGUACGGUUACGAGUACAACGGUAACUCGGGACGUUUGGUCAUCACCCCACUUACAGACAGAUGCUACAUCACGCUGACGACGGCCCUGCAUCUGUUCCGCGGCGGUAGCCCGAAAGGCCCGGCCGGAACCGGGAAAACGGAAACGGUCAAGGACCUGGGCAAAGCGAUGGGCAUGUGGGUGAUUGUCAAUAAUUGCUCGGAAGGUUUAGACUACAAAAGUAUGGGAAAGUGUUUUUCGGGUUUGGCGCAGACCGGAGCCUGGGGUUGUUUUGACGAAUUCAAUCGUAUCAAUAUUGAGGUGCUUUCCGUGGUGGCUCAGCAGAUUUUGUGCAUUCUGCAGGCGAUUUCACAAAAGCAGACCUCUUUGGUGUUUGAAGGUAUCGAAAUCAAGAUAAAACAUACGUGCGGAAUUUUUAUCACGAUGAAUCCCGGAUACGCCGGCCGAACUGAGCUGCCCGACAAUUUAAAGUCGAUGUUUCGCCCCAUAUCGAUGAUGGUGCCCGAUAAUUUGAUUAUCGCCGAAAAUACGCUGUUCAGCGAUGGGUUUCAAAACACAAAGUUGUUGGCCAAGAAGGUCUUCACCUUGUACCAGCUGGCUCAAAGGCAGCUGAGCAAGCAGGACCAUUAUGACUUCGGUUUAAGAUCCAUGGUGGCUCUCUUGCGGUACGCCGGUCGUAAGCGAAGAGUUCACUCGGAUUUCCCUGAAGAGCAAGUCGUCUACCUUGCGAUGGCGGAUAUGAACAUCGCCAAGUUCACAUCGAACGAUCUUCCCUUAUUCAACGGGAUUAUGUCGGACAUCUUUCCCGGAGUUUCCGUUCCCGUCGUAGACUACGAGGAAAUGAACAAUGCCAUUCGGGCCGAGUUCACACUUAUGGGUCUGCAGUCUAUCAAGAAGGCGAUGAUUAAAGUAAUUCAAUUGUACGAAACAAAAAACUCGCGUCACUCAACUAUGAUACUCGGCAAGACCGGGACCGCGAAAUCGGCGACGUGGAAGUGCCUGAAGGCGUCAUUGGGUCACCUAAAAAAGGCAGGAAAACCAGGUUACAAUGUGGUUUACGAGUACCCGAUUAAUCCAAAAGCUCUGAGCCAAGGAGAGUUGUAUGGGGAAUACAAUCUAAGCACGAACGAGUGGUUGGAUGGCGUCAUAAGUGCUACAAUGCGCCAGACUUGCUCAGAGGAGACUCCGGACGAGAAGUGGAUACUCUUCGACGGACCAGUCGACGCAGUCUGGAUCGAGAAUAUGAACAGCGUGAUGGACGAUAACAAGGUUCUGACUUUAAUUAAUAGCGAUCGCAUCACUAUGCCCGAGCAAGUCUCGCUCCUCUUCGAAGUCGCAGAUUUAACAGUGGCCUCACCCGCGACCGUCAGCCGAUGCGGCAUGGUCUACAAUGACUACAAGGAUUGGGGGUGGCGACCGUACAUAGCAUCCUGGAUUCAAAAACAGGAAAAGAGGGGGAAACAGUUUCAGGAACUUAUGAAAUCAUACUUUAUGAUCUACCUGGGAAUGGUGCUCGAGUUCAAACGGUUUAAUUGUAAGGAGCCAGUCCCUUGUGAGGAGCUACAUUACGUGGCGUCGCUCUGUCGACUGCUGGAAGUUUUCGCUACUCGAGAAAAUGGAGUGGAUCCCAAGAAUGAGGAUACAUUUGAAGAUAUGGCGAAGCAAUGGUUUCUUUUCUGCUUAAUCUGGUCCGUAUGUUGUACUGUUGAUGAAGAUGGUCGCAGGAAGAUAGACGCAUUCAUUCGCGAGAAGGAAGGAGCGUUUCCUCUAAAAGAUACCGUUUACGAGUAUUUUGUCGAUGUCAAGAAGAAGGCGUUUUCGUGUUGGGAGGACAAAUUGAACGAGAAUUGGCGCUACCCAGCCGAGGCGCCGUUUUUUAAGAUCAUAGUACCGACAGUAGACACAAUUAGAUAUCAAUGCAUCGUCGAGACCUUACUUGCAUCCGGUUAUCCAUCUUUACUCACAGGUCCUGUGGGAACAGGCAAAACUUCAACUGCGCAGUCGGUGUUGUUCAGUCUCGACCCCGUUAAAUUCUCAGUACUAAACGUCAACCUUUCCGCUCAAACCUCCUCCGUUAACGUCCAAGAAACGAUCGAAAGCAGGCUAGAGAAGCGUACCAAAACCACUUUUGUGCCCGCUGGCAAUAAAGUAAUGGUAACCUUCUUCGACGACUUUAACAUGCCAGCGAAGGAGACCUACGGAUCUCAGCCACCCCUUGAAUUACUUCGGCAGUGGAUCGAUUACGGCUUUUGGUACGACAGACAGAAACAAACGCGGAAAUAUGUCCAGAACAUGAUGCUAAUGGCAAGUAUGGGACCUCCGGGUGGCGGACGGCAGAGCAUAUCGGAAAGGACGUUAAAUCGGUUUAACGUUAUCAACAUGACGUUUCCUACAGAAUCACAAAUUAUUCGAAUCUUUGGCACGAUGCUGGCUCAGCACCUCUCCAACUUUCCAGAGGAAGUAAAGGUGGUGCGACAGGAGAUCACGCUCACAACCAUCGAUCUCUACAACAACGUGAUCGCGAAAAUGCUGCCAACUCCCGCAAAGAUGCAUUACCUGUUCAAUUUACGCGACAUAUCCAAGAUCUUCCAAGGACUCCUCCGAAGCCACAAGGAUUACCAAAAUACCAAAAAUUCCAUUCUGCGACUGUGGAUACACGAAAGCUUUAGGGUCUUUUAUGAUCGCCUCAUCGAUGACAGGGAUCGCGAAUGGUUCUACAGCCAAAUGAAUGACCAACUCGGUGCGCACUUCGACCAAACCUUGCACGCGCUAUGCACCAACAAGGCAAUACCGACCUUUGGCGAUUUCCUAAACUCCUUCGGCAUAUACGAAGACAUUAUGGACUACGGCGUCCUGAAGCAGUAUAUCGACCACCAGAUGGCCGAAUACAACGUGUCACCCGGCGUGAUUCGAAUGGACUUGGUCUUGUUUCGCGAUGCCAUCGAGCAUAUUUGCAGAAUAGUGAGGGUCAUCUCCCAACCAAGGGGAAACAUGCUACUCGUCGGCAUCGGCGGAAGUGGUCGGCAGUCACUGUCCCGGAUCUCUUCUUUUAUUUGUCUUUUGAAUACCUUCCAAAUAACUGUGACGAAAAACUACAAGGUGGGCGAAUUUCGCGAAGAUCUAAAGACGCUCUAUUCGGUAACGGGCGUGUUUGCUCGACCCACGACAUUUCUGUUUAAUGACACCCAAGUGAUGAACGAGCAGUUCCUGGAGAUUAUUAACAACAUGUUAAGCAGUGGCGAGGUGUCCAAUUUGUACAAGCCUGAUGAAUUUGAAGACAUUAAAAACAAGCUAUCGGGAGCAGCGACAAGGGCGGGAAUCAUGCCAACCACCGAAGCCAUGUACAAUUUUCUAAUUGAGAGAGUAAGAGAAAACCUUCACAUCGUCCUGUGUAUGAGCCCAAUUGGUGACGCAUUCCGAGUGCGCCUGCGUCAGUACCCUUCGCUGGUGAAUUGCUCAACGAUCGACUGGUUCUGCGAUUGGCCGAAGGAAGCACUAUUGGAAGUCGCUCAAAAGUACAUUGGUGACGUCAACUUCGUCGCGACAAUUACGGGCGAUACAUUGGAAAAACGCAAAGCUUCAGUUUUACUGUCGACGCAAGAUCGGCUAAAGCAGGCCGUCGCGCUAGCCUUUGCCACAAUUCAUGAUUCCGUCGCAAAGUGCUCGAAACGUAUGGCCGACGAAAUGAAGAGGCGUAAUUACGUCACCCCAACUAACUACCUUGAGCUGGUCGCCGGGUAUAAGAUCAUGCUACGUGAUAAACGUUCCGAAAUAGCGAGCCAAGCCAACAAGCUGCGGAAUGGGCUGUGGAAGAUCGACGAUUGUCGGGCGAAAGUCGAGCUGAUGUCACAGGAGCUGGAAGUGGCCCAGAUCAAAGUGGCGGAGUUUCAAAAGCAGUGCGACGAUUAUUUGGUGAUCAUUGUCUCGCAACGCAAGGAGGCGGAUGAACAGGCGAAGGAAGUGGCCAUUACCAGCAUUAAAAUUGGAGAAGCGGAGAUUGAAUGUAAGAAACUGGCGGAAAUCGCGCAAGCCGAUUUGGACGAGGCAAUGCCAGCCCUUGAAGAAGCCAUACAAGCACUAGACGCGCUGAAUAAAAAAGAUAUCUCCGAAAUGAAAUCUUACGGAAAACCACCGUAUAAAGUGGAGAUGGUGAUGGAGGCCGUCAUGAUUCUAAAACAGCUCGAGCCAACCUGGGCUGAGUCGAAACGGCAAUUGGGCGAACAGAAUUUCCUGAACGAUUUAAGGGAGUUCGACAAGAACAACAUAUCCGACAAGACUUUGAAGAAAAUUGCCACAUACACGUCAAAUAAGGAGUUUGUCCCUGAAAAGAUCGGCAUCGUGUCACUAGCCGCGAAGUCGCUGUGCAUGUGGGUCAUUGCCAUUGAGAAAUACGCUAAAGUCUGGAAAGUGGUAGCGCCCAAGAAAGCUCGUUUGGAUGAAGCUAUGGAGUCUCUCCGACUGCAGCAAAAACUCCUGGCCGAGGCCCACGCGAAACUGGCCGAGCUUAAUAUGAUGCUCGCGAAACUGCAGAGGGAGUAUGAAGAGAAAUUGCUGCAAAAGGAGGAGCUGAACAGAAAGGCUGAAAUGUUACGGUUGAAAUUAGAAAGGGCUGCAAUGCUCGUAUCGAACUUGGCGGGAGAACGCGAACGGUGGUACACGACCGUAUGUACGCUUGACGGCCAGUUUGCUGAUUUACCAGGCGAUUGCUUGUUGGCCACUGCCUUUGUCUCGUACUUGGGACCGUUUGUGUCUCAAUAUCGUGAAAGUCUGGUCGACUUUUGGAAGCAACAGGUACUCGAGCUAGAGAUUCCCUUCGACGAAGAGUUCAACGUAAUCAAAUUCCUAAUCGACCCCACGACGAUCCGUGAGUGGAACAUACAAGGUUUACCAUCGGACGGUUUCAGCACAGAAAACGGAAUCAUCGUCACCCGGGGCACUAGAUGGCCGCUCGUGAUUGAUCCGCAAACGCAAGCGCAGAAGUGGAUAAAGGCGAUGGAGAGGAAAAAUGGCCUAAAGGUGAUUGACUUCGGCAUGCACGAUUAUAUGCGAACACUCGAAGCUGCCAUACAAAAUGGCAAACCAGUCAUACUGCAGAACAUUCUCGAAGAAAUGGAUCCGUCGCUUAAUCCCCUCUUGAACAAAGAUAUAGUCAAACAAGGAGGGCUAGAGUAUCUUAAAUUCGACGAAAAACUGAUAACAUAUAACUGGAAAUUCAAGUUCUUCAUUACAACCAAGCUGACUAACCCGCACUACCCGCCGGAAAUCUCGACCAAAACCACCCUCGUCAAUUUCGCCGUGAAGCAGCAGGGACUGGAGGCGCAACUCCUAGGUGUCGUCAUUAGAAAGGAGCGGCCCCAAUUGGAGGAGCAAAAGGAUAAGAUGGUGACGACAAUCGCUCAGGGCAAACGUACCUUGAUCAAUUUAGAAAACGAGCUGCUGAGAUUACUGAACGAAUCGAAAGGUUCGCUUUUGGAUAACGCCGAGCUCUUUGAUACCCUACAGGUGUCGAAAGCGACCUCAAUUGCAGUACAAGAAAGCUUGGAAGUCUCCGAAACCACAGAGAUUCAAAUUGACAUGGCCAGAGAGGGAUAUCGACCGUGCGCCGAAAGGGCUUCAAUCCUCUUCUUUGUGCUAAACGACAUGGGGAAAAUUGAUCCAAUGUACCAAUUCGCCUUAGACUCGUAUAUUUUACUGUUCUCCCAGUCGAUCGAUAAAAGCCCCAAGUCGAACCACCUACCUCAGCGAAUAUCCAAUUUGAAUGAUUAUCACACAUACGCCGUUUACCAGAACACCUGCAGAACUCUCUUCGAGCGCCACAAGCUUCUAUUCUCAUUCUACAUGUGCAUCAAAAUACUGGAAGCACAAGGAAAAAUCGUACCGCACGAAUACAACUUCCUUCUAAAGGGAGGAGUAGUGCUAGACAGAGAGAACCAACCGGAUAACCCGUGCAGUAAGUCCAACAUAAACUUCAGCUCGCACGGCUUUUACAUUUCAGGUUGGCUAAACGGGGAAGGCUGGGACAACGUCACGGAACUGGAUAAACUGCCCGGUUUCCACGGUGUUGUCGGUUGUUUCGAGCAGUUCACGCGCGACUGGCGCGAUUGGUACAUACACACGGAACCGGAAACCUUGCCUUUAAUCGACGAAUGGGAGAAUAUCUGUAAUGAGUUCCAACGAAUGCUCUUCGUACGUUCCGUUCGGCAAGAUCGCCUCUCGUUUUGCGUCAUGAAUUUUAUAAUUAACCAGUUAGGGCCGAAAUUCGUAGAGCCGCCGGUUUUAGAUGUCAAGGCCGUCUUUGAGGAGUCUAUCCCGCAAACUCCCUUAAUAUUUGUCCUGUCACCAGGUGUAGAUCCUACAGGUGCGCUCAUUUCCUUUGCAGAUUCAUUAGAUAUGGGCGAUAACUUUCACACGCUCUCCUUGGGCCAAGGACAGGCACCGAUCGCGACGCGCUUGAUCACCACGGGAAUUAAGGAAGGCAACUGGGUCUUCUUGGCAAACUGCCAUCUCUCGCUGAGUUGGAUGCCAAAGCUGGACAAAAUAGUUGAGACCAUCCAGACCGCCAAGGUCCAUCCAGAUUUUAGACUCUGGUUAAGUUCGAAUCCCAACCCCGAUUUUCCUUUGUCCAUUUUGCAAGCUGGCAUAAAAAUGACCACUGAACCGCCAAAGGGCAUUAAAGCCAACCUAAAGCGGAUGUACCAAAUCAUAACGGAGGACCAGUUCAAUCUCUGCCAGGCCAGGGAGAAAUACAAGAAGUUGCUGUUUGGCCUGUGUUACUUUCAUGCAAUACUUUUGGAACGGAAAAAGUUUCAGCAACUUGGCUGGAAUGUCAUUUACAGUUUUAAUGACGCCGAUUUUGAGGUAUCGGAAAAUUUGCUAUCGAUCUACUUGGACGAGUAUCCAAUAACACCUUGGGAUGCGUUGAAGUAUCUAAUUGCCGGUGUAAAUUACGGUGGUCACGUAACAGACGACUGGGAUAGGAGACUCCUUCUGACCUAUAUCGAUCAAUAUUUUUGCGAGGAUUCUCUAAGUACUCCUUACUAUCGGCUUUCGUCUCUGGCAACAUACUUCAUACCACGCGACGGGUCGUUACAGUCAUACAUUGACUAUAUCAACGUUUUACCCAAUUCCGAUCGGCCCGAAGCUUUCGGCCAACAUCCAAACGCGGACAUUACGUCGCUUAACUCAGAAACGCGACUAAUGUGCGAAACGCUAAUGUCCUUACAAAUACAGGCCAGUAGCAGCGCUGCCGAAUCGAAGGAAGAGAAGGUAUUACAAAUGGCCGCAGACGUUUUGCUUAAAAUACCGUCGCCCAUCGACUAUGAGACCACGGAUAAACUGAUCGGCGCUGAAAAAAGUCCGUUGGACGUUGUGCUUCUCCAGGAAAUUCAAAGGUACAACUUACUGCUUGUAGGCAUACGCUUGUCCCUGAACGAACUUCAGAAGGGUAUAAAAGGCUUGGUGGUGAUGUCGUCUGAGCUGGAAGACAUUUUUGUGUGCAUUGACGAAGGACGAGUACCUUCACCUUGGUUAAAAACUUAUCCGUCGCUGAAACUAUUGGGAUCGUGGACCAGAGAUUUGGUCGGGCGAGUAGAACAUUUCUUACAAUGGGCAGAAACAAUCAAACCGCCUCUAUUUUUCUGGUUGUCGGCGUAUACCUUCCCCACUGGGUUUUUGACCGCGUGUUUGCAAACAGCGGCGCGUGGAAUGGAGGUUCCCAUAGACACGUUGGGUUGGGAGUUCACGGUUUUAACCGUUGAAGAGCACGCAAUCGUCGAAAAACCCCCAUUGGGGGUCUACGUAAAAGGUCUCUACCUUGAAGGUGCCGGCUGGGAUAAAAAGAAUGCCAUCCUGAUCGAGCCUCUACCGAUGCAGUUGGUGUGCGCAAUGCCUCUAAUUCAUUUCAGACCGGUGGAACAACUCAAAAAAAGAACGCGAGGAUUGUAUCAAUGUCCCGCUUAUUACUACCCCAUCCGUACAGGAAUGCAGGGAUGGCCCGCCUUCGUCGUGGCGGUCGAUUUGAAAUCAGGUACGGAAAAUUCUGAUUUCUGGGUUAAAAGGGGUACAGCGUUAUUACUUAGUUUAUCUAAUUGA